AUGAGCGUUGCAGUACUUGAGGGGGUCGAUGUUGAACUUUCCUUAGCCAUCAGUACUGAUGCUAAUGGCAAGGCCAUGACUCAGUAUCAAGAAACUGACGAAGAUCAUAUUACACCUGAACAGAAGAAAAUAUUGUCGCCAACAAAUUGUCGAAACAACCAAGACGUAGUGGCAUCAGUUGACUGCUCUAUUCGUCACACUUCUCCUCAUCAGCCUCAAAUUCUACCAGGGGAUUUUCCGGUGCAAAAACUUUCAGGUAGAGUGCUGAAAUUCCAGACCAGUUGGUAUGAGAGAUUUCCUUGGCUACAUGUGGCUGGAGCUGAAGGGGUAAGCUGUUUUUACUGUACAAGAUAUGCUCAGUUGUGCCCAGCAAAAGCGCUGGCUACUAAAGCAGAUAAGGCUUUUAGUGAAAAAGGGUUCAGUAACUGGAAAAAAGCUAUUGAAAAGUUUGGAAACCACCAAACGAGUGAUGCUCAUUGCCAAGCUGUUUUAAGCUACUCUCAGUUACAAGCACCUAUUGAGUCACAACUCUCACAUGUUAAACUCGAACAACAAAAACUUGCUUUAGAAUCUCUUAUGACUAUAAUAAGUAGUGUAAAGUAUCUCGUUAGACAGGGUAUGGCAGUAAGAGGACACAAAAAUGAUGAAGGUAAUCUAAUGGAACUAUUGAAGGUUCGCUGUGAGGACAAGCCGUCUUUGAAACAGUGGCUAGAAAAAGAUAUUACCUAUACUCACCCUACUAUACAAAACGAAAUCAUACAGAUAUUGGGAAAUGAAAUCAUAUAUAGUAUAGUUCAGAGCAUUAAAUUAAGCAACCCUUUGAUGUACUCUGUCAUUUGUGAUGGGACGCGAGAUAUUGCUGGCAAUGAACAGGUCAGUGUUUGUGUCAGGUGGGCUGAUGCUGAUCUCGAACCUCAUGAAAGUUUUUUAGGCUUUUAUGAAUCGGCAAAUACCUGUGGAAAAGAUAUAGCAGCUCUUAUUUUUGACGUGUUGCUUAGAUUGGAGCUCCCUUUGUCCAAUCUUCGUGGGCAAACUUACGAUGGAGCUGGUAACAUGAGUGGUAUCCAUAAAGGAACUCAGUCGGUAGUAAUAGAGAAACAACCACUUGCUGACUACAUUCACUGUGGUGCUCACUGUGUCAAUCUAGAAAUGAAAGCAAGCUGUGAGACUUCAAGAACCGUCAAAAACGCAAUGGAUUGGGCUCAUCAGUUAGGAGUAUUGUUUUCGAACACAAAAGCUAAAGAUGAAUACAAACAUAUAGUUGAAGAUGCAGCUCAAGGUCUAGUCAGUAAUAUUGCAAAAAUAAAACCUCUGUGUCCCACAAGAUGGAUAUACCGGAAAGGGCAAAUCAAUGAAAUUUUGCAAAAGUAUCCAUUAAUUUUGAAAACUUUGAAUGAACUCACAGAACGUAAGUACGAAGGAGCCAGUGGUUUGUUGAGUGUGUUUGAAGAUGGGACCACGUACUUAGGCCUGAUUAUGGGUAGAAAAGUUGUUGAACUUUUGGAACUACUGAACAAAAGUUUUCAAGGCGAGAAGAAAACAGUAGUUGGAUUAUAUGAAUCUGUUAAACUAAUUGUUGAUGGUCUGCAAAACCUCAGAACCAACCAGCAGUUUUCUUCUGUCUACGAAGAGUGUGCCAAGUCCAUAGCUGAGCUAGGCCUAGAAGAAUUAAGGCUCCCAAGACGAAAGAAAGUGCCUAAAAAGAUAUCUGAGGGAAAUGCUAAUGACUACGGCUACGAGUUUACUUCAACAGAAGAACAUUUCAGACGGGAGUACUUUGAAGUCAUUGAAACGGCUGUACAUGGUCUCAAAACUCGCAUACUUGAACAGGCUGGUAUGAAAAAACAGAUUCAGCUCGAGAAAGUCCUGCUAAGAAGAGACGGUUAUGAUGUCAGUGUGCUAGCGCCAUAUCCGUGUGACGGGUAG